AUGGUUGGUGGCGCUGCUCUGGCUGGGGUAGCCUGGGAAAUGGAUCGGCGUCGACGCUCACAGAAGGUGCAAGAAGAGCUCGAGAAGCUUAUGGCUCAGCGACAGCAGCGGGAGGAGCAGCGCGGUACAUGCCAAAAGGAGCCUCCCUUUGAAGAGUUCGGUAGACAUUUGUCCAAAGUGUUUGGCCAGAAGCUGCAGCAGUUGCGAGAUGCAUUAGACAGACAGCCUGCGCUGUUCCAACUGCCAGUGCUGGGUUCAGACAACCCAGAUUUUGCGGUGGUUGCGGUGAUCUGUCUUUUUGGGAACCCGAUCUUCCAAGAGCACUGGCCAGCCGACGUGAACAUGCAGUUCGGACUGAGCGUCUAUGCCCUCAGCCAGGCUUCAGCUGAAACGGUCCAAGGCUGGCUCAGCAAGGUUGCACGAACAUGCGCCUGUGACGGACUGGAGUUGGAGGAUGAGGAUGUGAAGGCUCUGGCGCGUUUAUGCUUGAUGCGGACUCCGUUUUGCCAUCGGCUCCGUGUGAAAGAACGAGACCGCCGCAGGAGAUUAGCAGAGUUUUGUCGAAGGCUGGGUUUUGCAAGCAAUGUUGGUGGAGGACUUGUGCAAGCCGAAGAGGGCGCCCUCGAGUUUCACAGCCAUCUUGAUGGAAGGUACUUUGAAGCAGACAAUACCGUCUUCUGGGUCUUUAAUUUUGCGUUCCCGAACACGUGGCAAAAGAAGACGUCGGACUACGGCUUCAAGAUGCAGCAGCUGGAGGGGGGGUUUCAGCCAGUGGGUUGCCAGGUCACGCAGCCAUCCAGACAGCAGAAGGAGCUGCGCUUCGAUCUUGCGUGCAGCGUCUUGCUGCGUCUGGAAGCUGAAGAAGUGCUCCGACGCUUAGGAAGCUUUCAGACCAAUCGCAUGUUCGGCAAAUGCACCGGCCUCACGCUGGGUGUGCUGCAGUCUCCGGAACUCUCAGCUGUGGUCCGACCAUGUUGCAUGAGUCGCUGGAGUUCGACCUGUGUAUACUUCACAAGGACGAGCUUCGAAAGAUUUUGA